AUGUCGUUUUACGUCUUGGACAGAGUAAGACAGAAAGUGAACGGACAGACUAUCUGCUCUCCCCUUCAUGUAUGCGAUGAAAAUUUAAACUAUAUAAAUAAUAAUAAUAAUAAUAAUAAUAAUAAUAAUUUGAUGGAAGGUUUUGCAUCGGCUCAGGAUCUCGCCAUCCACUAUAAUGGAUUCCGUCCCGCCGAAGUGAUUCUUGAUGGCAUAGCCGAGAUCACACCCAACGGUUUAUUGAAGCUGACAAACGCCACCAAGCAAGAAAAAGGCCACGCUUUUUACCCGGAACCCGUCAAGUUCAAGAACUCCGACGACGGUUCUGCCUUUUCAUUUUCCACCACAUUUGUCUUUGCCAUAGUCUCACAAUAUCCUACUUUGAGUGGCCAUGGAAUCGCUUUCGUUAUUGCACCAACAAGAGGCCUUCCGAAUGCUCUGCCAAGCCAGUAUCUUGGCCUUUUCAAUGGAACCAACAAUGGAAAUGCCACCAAUCAUGUGGUUGCCGUUGAACUCGACACGAUACAGAGUAGCGAGUUUGGAGACAUUAAUGAUAAUCAUGUCGGCAUUGACAUUAAUGGGUUGAGAUCCCAAGUGUCGCAACCAGCUGAAUACUAUGAUGACAGAAAAAGUUCGUUUCAGAAUCUUACUCUUAUUAGUGGCAAAGCUAUGCAAGUUUGGGUGGAUUAUGAUGGCGGUUCUAAGCAAAUGAUUGUGACUUUGGCUCCGGUACAUAUUGGUAAACCGAAUCAGCCUCUUUUGUCUUUGACUUAUGAUAUUUCCCCUGUUUUAAACAAAACCAUGUAUAUUGGUUUUUCAUCAUCCACUGGUUCAGUACUUACAUCCCAUUAUGUUCUCGGAUGGAGCUUCAAGAUGAACGGUGUUGCUCAAAAUCUUGAUCUGUCUCAACUUCCUAAGCUUCCACGAAUUGGACCCAAAGAGAAAUCCAAGCUUCUGACAAUUGGUUUGCCGGUGGUUUUGAUUGCUACUUUUUCAAUAGUUUUGUCUGGAGUAAUCUAUCAGGUGAGAAUCAAAAAGAAGUUUGCUGAGGUACUAGAAGAUUGGGAGUUGGAAUAUGGUCCUCACAGAUUCAAGUACAAAGAUUUGUACAUGGCCACAAAAGGGUUCAAAGACAAGGAAUUACUAGGAAGAGGUGGUUUUGGCAGAGUAUAUCAUGGCGUAUUACCUAGUUCCAAAAUUGAAGUUGCUGUAAAAAGGGUGUCUCAUGAAUCCAGGCAAGGGAUGAAAGAAUUUGUUGCAGAAAUUGUAAGCAUUGGUCACUUACGCCACCGGAAUUUAGUUCCCCUUUUGGGCUAUUGUCGGCGAAAAGGGGAGCUGCUGUUGGUGUAUGAAUACAUGCCUAAUGGAAGCCUUGACAGGUUUCUCUAUGACCAGCCUGAGGACACCUUGAAUUGGAGCCAAAGAUUUCGUGUCAUCAAAGGCGUCGCAUCAGGGCUGUUCUAUCUUCAUGAAGGAUGGGAAAAGGUCGUUGUUCACAGAGAUGUGAAAGCUAGCAAUGUCCUAAUUGACGGGGAAUUAAAUGGAAGGUUAGGCGAUUUUGGUCUCGCAAGGUUAUAUGAUCAUGGGACAGAUCCUCAAACAACACAUGUUGUGGGAACGCUCGGGUAUCUCGCGCCGGAGCAUACACGAACCGGCAAGGCUACAACCAGCACUGAUGUGUAUGCUUUCGGGGCAUUUUUGCUUGAGGUUGCUUGUGGUAGAAGGCCUAUAGAACCAAGAUUGGAAUCAGAAGACAUGAUCUUGGUUGAUUGGGUGAUCUUGGUGGAUUGGGUAUGUUCCUGCUGGAAUAAAGGAAACAUUCUAGAAGCUGUUGAUCCUAAUCUGGGAAAUGAUUAUGUGAAAGAGGAAAUUGAACUGGUGUUGAAGCUGGGCUUGGUGUGCUCUCAUUCAGAACCGACGGCCCGACCCAGUAUGCGGCAAGUUGUGCUCUACUUGGAAGGAGUAGCGGUGCUGACGGAUUUGCCGUCUCUUGAUUUAUCAUCGCUUGGCAUUUCUGCAAGUGGAAUUGGAUUUGCGCAUCUUAAUGGCUUCGACGAUGUGGGAAUGUUUUAUUCAUCAUCAACCGGAAAUGCAUCUUCCCAAUACACUCAUCCGGCGGAAUCGCUUCUAUCCGGCGCCGCCUCCUCCCCGGUCAUCUCCAAAUCCCCACAGCCGUCUUUCCUCAAAUCCUGCGUCUCUCAUCCGACACUAAAUUCGCCUAUGGAAUCUCCAAGGUGGACGCCCUCUUCUCGCCCCUUCGUCGGCGACAUCCUCUCCCUUGGCUUCUCGAUUGAGAAUCGUCUCUACCCACUUCACCAUCCCCGAUCUAUUUUUGUCCCUUGUUUUGAAUUUGGCUUCGAUGAUUCAUUGAUUUUGGUCACCGGUUUCGGGAUCCCCGUGGCGCCGGAAGUGUACUAA